AUGGGCAAGGGAAAAACAAAAUCUUCAAACGACGAUAAAGCCGACAUAACAAAAAUACAAUCAAUCUCACCUGAUUCUAUAACAGCUUUUCUUAAAGACCGUCAUCAAAAAGAUGUCAUUUAUUCCCGUAUAAAUCAAUCGGUUCUAGUUGCCAUCAACCCAUAUAAAGAACUUCCCAUCUUUAGUGAUGCUACUGUACAAGAAUAUGUUUCAGAUUAUAAAGACACCUCUAGUCAAAGAACUAAGUUACCUCCGCAUGCUUUUCAACUUGCUUCGCAGGCAUAUUUACAUAUGCGAAGAACUGGUCAAGACCAAUCCAUCAUCUUGAGGCAAUCUGGUAGCGGAAAAUCUUCUACUCGAAAACUUUUAGUCAAACAACUUGUCGCGCUGAGUGCAAAUCAGAAGAAAACAUCACGUGUUCAAACUCAAGUUCCUGCUUCAGAGUUUAUUCUUGAAUCAUUCGGGAAUGCGAGAACCUUACAAAAUAAUAAUGCUUCUCGUUUUGGAAAAUAUACCGAACUUCAGUUUAAUGAACGAGGCAGAUUAAUCGGUGCAAAAACUCUUGACUAUUUAUUGGAUAAAAAUCGUGUAGUCAAUGUACCAUCUAAUGAAAGAAAUUUUCACGUGUUUUACUAUUUUCUUGCCGGCGCCUCUCAUGAUGAAAAAUCACAUCUCCAUCUCACUGAAGCUUCUCAAUAUCGCUAUCUUAAUAUUAAUAAACCGAUAAAAGGAUCAAAUAGUGAAGAUUCGAACAAUUUCACUGAGCUAAAACAAGCCUUAAAAUCUCUAGGUUUUCAUACUAAACAUGUUGCGCAAAUGUUUAAACUUCUAGCAGCUAUAUUACAUCUUGGCAAUCUUCAAUUUGCACAAGAUCAAAACAAGCAUCAAGAUGCAGCUUUUGUCAAGAAUGUUGAUUUACUCGAUUUAGUUGCUGAUUUCUUGGGUGUAGAGGCACGUGCACUCGAAACUGUUCUCACUUAUAAAACAAAAUUAAUCAAAAAAGAAAUGUGUUCGAUAUUUUUGGAUCCUGAAAAUGCUGGAAUUCAACGGGAUGGCUUAGUGAAAGCACUCUAUUCUUUAAUGUUCAGCUGGGUAGUCGAGUAUAUCAAUACUAAACUUUGUCACGAUGAUUUUGCCAGUUUUGUUGGCAUUGUUGAUCUUCUUGGCUUCCAAAAUUUAUCCACCAAUUCACUUGAUCAAUUUUGCGUUAAUUUCGCUAACGAAAAAAUACACAAUUUUGUUUUACAUCAAAUUUUCGAAGCAAAAGAUAGUGAAUAUAGCGACGAAGGAAUCACCGGAAUCCCCCAAGUGCCAUUCUUUGAUAAUACUGAAUGUCUUCAAAUGUUGACGAAACCUUCUACGGGCAUGAUUGCUAUUAUGGAUGAUCAGGCCAAUAAAUCGAGUCGUAAAACAGAUCAAACAAUGUUGGACGCGUUCAAUAAAAAAUAUUCGGGUCAUAAUAAUUAUACACCAACCGGAAAAAGUUUAAAUGCAUUGCCUCAAUUCGGAAUCCAACAUUUUGCCGGACAAGUGACUUAUGAUUCUACCGGUUUUCUGGAGAAGAACAUUGAUAAUCUAAGCGGUGACUUCGUUACACUCUUCCGAGGUGGUGAUGAAGUUGCUCCUUCUUAUAAUAGCUUUAUCGCUGAUCUCUUUACCGAUCAGGCAGUGGCAACGGAAAUGCAUCCCCGAAAUGAUAAAACUAUUGUUGCAGCACAGCAGUCAGUUAAACCACAGCGACUACCUUCAAUGCGGAAAAAGAAAAAAGAAGCAUCAUCAUCAUCUGAUCAAGAGAAACCAAAAGUUGCAUGUGUUGCUACCCAAAUCCAAGCUGCACUGGAUGAACUUUGUGAUACACUUGAUGAAACAACUCCUUGGUAUAUUUUCUGCAUACGACCUAACGACGCACAACUUCCUAAUAAAUUCGAUCAAAAGGUCGUUAAAAACCAAGUGCGAUCAUAUGGACUAUCAGAAAUUGCAAAGAAAUUAGUAGUUGAGUACACGAUAGGAUUCACACAUCAAGAAUUCCUUGAACGUUAUGAGGCCAUUCUAGAAGCAUCAAAUGAACGUAAUCCUCGGGCAAAGGUAGAAACAGCAUGCGCUAAUUUUGGCCUGAGUUCUACAGAUGUGGCUAUCGGUCAUACCAAGAUUUAUUUAGACGAAAAUGCAUGGCGUAGUUUAGAAGAUAGUCUACGUAGUAUUGACAACGAAGAUAAACAAAAAAAGAAGGGACGAAAAAAACAAGAUAUCGGAAAUCAAAGCGAUGAUGGCAUUUCUCGUCAUUCAUAUCCUUCUAAUCAAGACUUAGUUGAAGCUCGUCUACGUUCUCCUCCACGUCAAUAUGAAACCCAAUCCAAUGUAUCUGGAGAUGAUCGCUCAUAUGUCUCGGAAGAUGAUUAUUAUCAAGAGGAAUACAGUCAAUACGACGAUGCAACUUCUGAUGUGUAUGCGCCAUCACAUAACAUGUUUCGAGAAAUGGAAAUGAAAAAAAUGUUACCGGAAGAAGAAAAACAGUUGGUUGAAGAAGAACUUGAUGAAAAGCAUAAGGUUACUGCAGCUCGUAAGAAAUGGGUAUUUCUCACUUGGUUUCUCACUUGGUAUGUUCCAUCACCCUUCUUAAAAUGGUGUGGUGGCAUGAAACGAAAAGACAUUCAGAUGGCAUGGCGCGAAAAAGUCGCUCUCUGUAUUAUCAUUUUGUUCAUUUCCUUGUUGGUUAUCUUCGUCAUUGCUAUUUUGGGAAGAUUAAUCUGUCCGCGAGUUAACAUUUACAGUGAUGCUGAAUUAUCAACACAUACUUUAAAGGGAGACCCAAAUAAUGUUUUGGUCUCUAUUCGUGGUGAAGUAUUUGAUUUAACGACAUUUGCACCUCGUCAUUAUCCACCAAAUCUUAUUGAUCAAAAAGCAAUUUUGGCAUAUGGUGGAACAGAUGCUACAACAUUAUUCCCUGUUCAAGUGAGUGCACUCUGUUCAGGCCCUACUCCUGAUCAAGGUCCCGUGGAUCCUGCUGUUACCUUUGAUUUUAACUUGAACAACACAAAAGAUCAAAAUGCACAAUAUCACGAUUUCCGAUUUUCCACAGCUGAUUAUCGCCCUGAUUGGUACUUUGAAAAAAUGAUGGAACUUCGAGCUAAUUAUCUUGUUGGUCAAAAAGGUUAUUCACCACAGUCUGUUAAAGAUUUGGCUGUUUCUCAAUUAAAAUCAGUCGCCAUUCUUAACGAUAAUGUGUAUGACCUAACAACCUACAUAAAAGGCGGUCGUGGAGCUCUUGGACAAGGUGGCGUUCCUGUUGAUCACGAUGUUGACACAGAUUUUAUGGAUAGUCUAAUAGUUGAUCUAUUCCAGCAAAACUCUGGUCAAGAUAUUACAAGACGAUUUAAUCAAUUACCUCUUACUAAAGACGGCCGUAAAUCUCAGUUAACAUGCUUGCGUAAUCUUUUCUAUAUCGGUAAAGUCGAUCAUCGUAAUUCACCUCAAUGUUUAUUCUCUCGUUAUAUUUUACUUGUCGCCUCAGCACUCUUGGUGGCUGUUAUCGCAUUUAAAUUCUUGGCUGCUUUACAACUCGGACCUAAACGGGAACCUGAAGAUCACGAUAAAUUUGUCGUUUGCCAAAUACCUUGUUAUACAGAAGGCGAAGAUUCGCUUAGGAAAACUUUAGAUUCUCUCGCUGUUUUACGCUAUGAUGACAAGCGUAAGCUACUGUUUAUUGUCUGUGAUGGUAUGAUUGUCGGUAGUGGAAAUGAUCAACCUACACCUCGUAUUGUAUUGGACAUUUUGGGCGUGGAUCCAAAUGUUGACCCUGAACCCUUAAGUUUCUUAUCUCUCGGAGAAGGCGCUAAACAGCAUAAUAUGGGCAAAGUCUAUUCGGGUCUUUAUGAAUGCAGUGGGCAUGUAGUUCCUUAUCUUGUUAUAGUAAAAGUUGGCAAACCAACAGAACGAUCUCGACCGGGUAAUAGAGGUAAACGUGAUUCUCAGAUGAUAUUAAUGAAAUUCCUGAACAAGGUUCAUUUCAAUUCUGAGAUGACUCCGCUUGAAUUGGAAAUGUAUCAUCAAAUCAAAAAUGUCAUUGGUGUCAAUCCUAGUUUCUAUGAAUACGUGUUGAUGGUGGAUGCUGAUACUGAAGUCUUACCAGAUUCAUUGAAUCGAUUAGUUUCGGCUUUUAUGCAUGAUACCAGAGUAAUGGGAUUAUGUGGUGAAACUCAACUUGCUAACGAAAAAGAUUCUUGGGUAACGAUGAUUCAAGUCUAUGAAUACUUCAUUUCUCAUCAUUUGGCAAAAGCUUUUGAAUCGUUGUUUGGUACUGUCACAUGUUUGCCUGGAUGUUUUUGCAUGUACCGUGUGCGUACACCUGAUACACAUAAACCUUUGCUGAUAGCCAACGAUUUGAUCAAUGAUUAUUCGGAAAAUAUUGUCGAUACUCUUCAUAAGAAGAAUUUACUACAUCUGGGUGAAGAUCGUUACUUAACAACUCUCAUGAUGAAACAUUUCCCUCGAAAUAAGAUGACAUUUGUUCCCGAUGCUCAAUGUAAAACUAGUGCUCCCGAUCAAUGGUCUGUUCUUCUUUCUCAACGUCGUCGAUGGAUCAACUCUACUGUUCAUAAUUUAAUGGAACUGAUGUUCUUGCCUCAACUCUGCGGUUUCUGCUGUUUCUCUAUGCGUUUUGUGGUUAUGCUUGAUCUAUUUGCUACUUUGGUUAUGCCUGCAACUGUCGCCUAUCUUGGAUAUCUUAUUUACACCAUUAUUGAGGAUCCUUCGACUAUCCCAGUCACAUCUUUAUUAUUAUUGGCUGCUGUGUAUGGUUUACAAGCAAUUAUCUUUAUUCUACGACGUAAAUGGGAGCAUGUUGGUUGGAUGAUUGUAUAUAUUUUCGCUAUCCCCGUCUUCUCCUUCUUCCUUCCUAUCUAUGCUUUCUGGCAUUUUGAUGAUUUCUCAUGGGGUAACACUCGUAUGGUAGUAGGUGAAAAGGGUAAAAAGAUUUUGAUAACUGAUGAAGGCAAAUUUGAUCCAAAGAGUAUUCCUAAAAAGAAGUGGUCAGAUUACGAACAAGAAUUAUGGGAAGUAGGAUCAACAGGUUCUCAUGAAUCUGCACAUUCUCGAGCAUCUGAUCAUUCAUAUCGUAGCCAUCGUUCUUCGAAGAAAGGCGGCUCUGUUGCCGGUUCUCGUGCUGGGUCAGCAUAUGGUGAUUAUUAUGAAGAAUCUAAACAAAGAGUUCGUGAUCUUGCAAGUAAUGAUCGAAUAUCCCGUGCAUACUCUCAUGAUGCAUAUGGUUCCAACACACCUGCAUCGCGUCCAAUGAGUGCAGUCGAUUCCUACUUUGCAGGUGCACCUGGCUCAGGGAUGGAUAACUUCCCUUCAGAUGAAGAAAUCCUACAAGAAAUUCGCAAUAUUUUAGCCAGCGCUAAUCUAAUGUCAAUCACUAAAAAACAAGUUCGAGAUGAUCUGUCACAGUAUUUUGGCAUUGAUAUGAGCCCAAAGAAAGAGUACAUUAAUAAUUGCAUCGAACUUGUUCUCCAAGGAAAACUAUGA